AGAAAAACUCAAAGCUCAUGGCGACAUGGAAAUCAUGGGCCCAAGGAGAACUUAUCUUGCAUCUUCGGCAUACAGUCUUGCCAACUUUUGAAGAAGUCAACACAUACAUAGGCAGAAACACAAGGGAUUUGGUUCGUUUGCACUUGAUUUUCCUUCCUUUCUACACACCGGCAAAUCAGGCGAUCACAAACCGAAAUUACUUGCUGCCGUGGAACCUCGGGGAGAGUGGAGCGCCGUCGCCGCCGUGAUCACAGCCGAGUCGAGCACAGCCGGUGCCACGGCCGCCGGAGCCCUGCUCCUCGCCUCUCUCAGCGCCGUCGCGGCUGCGCCUCAGGUAUACCGUGCCUCGUCCCGCCCGGCCACGAUGAUGCGCGUCUCGCCGCCACGGCCGAUCACAUGCCGUCACACGACCAUCGCCGAGCACGGCCGCUCGGUCGGGAGGUUGGACACACGGCGAGGUUUCUACCAACCGCGCGGAAAGGAUAAGAAGCCGCGCCAACUACUCGGCGCCCAAACGGCCCACCCUUCCCGGCCCCAUCCCCUCCACACGUCACCGAAUCCAACGGACGCACGCGACCCGACGGCCAUGGCGUCCGCCGCCGCCGCCCCCGAGUCCGACCGCGCCGCCCUCGUCAAGGCCUUCGACGAGUCCCGCACCGGCGUCCGCGGCCUCGUCGAGUCCGGCGUCUCCACCGUCCCGGACCUCUUCGUCCACCCGGACCCCUACGCGUCCGUCCCGCUCGCUCCCCCGGGCGUCUCCAUCCCCGUCGUCGACCUCUCCCUCCCCGCGCCCGUCGCCGCCGCCACCGCCGCGGCGGCCGCCCGCGACUGGGGCUUCUUCCACCUCGUCAACUACGAGGCCCUCGUCCCCUCUAGCUACCCCGCGAGGGCCCUCGCCGCGGUGCGCGCCUUCAACGAGCUCCCCGCACCCGAGCGCUCUGCGCACUACGGCCGGGCCAUGGGCGGCGGGGUCUCCUACUCCUCCAACGUGGACCUGUACCGCUCCGCCGCCGCGAGCUGGCGCGACACCAUACAGGUGGGGUUCGGGCCUACGCCGCCCGACACGGAGCGCAUCCCGCCGGUCUGCCGUACGGAGAUCGUCGAGUGGGAAGCGCACGCCACCGCGGUGGCCCGCGCGGUGAUGGCGCUGCUCUCCGAGGGGCUCGGGCUCGGCGAGGCGGCUCUGGAGGAGGCCUCGUGCCUGGAGGGGAAGGUCAUGGUCUGCCAUUACUACCCGGUGUGCCCCGAGCCUGAGCGCACCAUGGGCUUAGUCCCGCACACCGACCCCGGCGUGCUCACCGUGCUUGCACAGGACGGCGUGGGUGGCCUGCAGGUGAAGCACACCAAUGAGGACGGGGAGAGCUACUGGGUUGACGCGAAGCCUGUACCCGGCGCGCUUGUGAUCAACGUCGGGGACCUCUUGCAGAUAAUGUCCAACGAUAAGUACACGAGUGUCGACCACAGGGUGGUGAUGAACUCACGUGAAGAAGCCAGAGUUUCGAUCGCCGUCUUUUUCAAUCCUGGGAAGCGAGGGGAUUCGGUUUUCUAUGGACCGCUACCAGAACUGGUUUCUCCAGAAAACCCGCCAAAGUACAGGAGUUUUACGAUGUCUGAGUUUUUCGGGGCCUUCUUCAAACGAGACCUUGCUAGCAAAGCUCUACUCGAGAACUUCAAAUUGUAAAAUGGUUCAAACGUCAUCAAACAAUGUUUGAAUUUAUGUAUAUGCAAAGUAUGUAACCAUCUCAGUGUAAGUGUGGUUCUGUGGUUUCUCCGAAGUGCCUCCCAACAUAAUGCUACAGUAUUUUUUCUCAUUGGGUGAUCGUCAUAUUCUUGCUGUCUCAGUAGGGUUGGCCUAUGGAGCUGAGUGUGGCCUCAAGCCAUUGAAAAAAUAUUUCAAGUAAUCAUCCUUCACACAUAGCUGAGUAUAUUGUUUCUUCAUGUAAAGUUUUCACCGUAUGUAGUCCAUAUUAGAACCUUCAAAAAGACUUAUACUCCGUUUUAGGAAUGGAGGGAGUAUGUAUUUAUGAAGUGGACCGAAAUGCA